CCCACAAGCACAGUCUGUGCAUGACUAUCAGCUAAAAUAGUCAGGGUCCUUAUGAGAGUUAAUGAUGCCACUCAGCCCCUGUAUGUGCAAUUGGAGAUCGUCGGCGCAGUUUGAUGACAUCACGGCAGAGACAGGAAGUAGGUAACACUGGUUGGAACGCUAGCGUGCGUGUCAGCAGAGAGUGUGCGUUCGGCUGCCGCAGGUGCCUCUGAAAAAUGCCCAAACACGCUGGGCUAACUCUUGGUGUUGCAUCAUUGGUGGGUACAACAGUGGGUUUUCUUGUCCUUUGGAAGUUUCUUAAAAAUCGCAAGAGACAGCUUUGUUCUGCCGUGGACCACAGAGAUACUGUCAAUGCCACUGGCCAUGAGUCUGACAAGCAGCGUACAUUAACAAAUCUGAAAGAAACCCCUAAGAUAGAAUCUGACGCCCUCUCUGUGAUAGAGAAGUUACUGGUGGCAGACAUUGAAAUAGUCUCUAAAGCCUGUGAAUGGGAGACCGUGUGGCUUUUGCUAAAGAAAGAUCUUGAUGUUUAUCCUGUACUCGGCAUGGACUGCGAAUGGGUAUCUGUAGAUGGAAAAGCAAGUCCUGUAUCUCUUCUGCAGAUGGCUUCUUACAGCGGGUUUUGUGUCCUGGUUCGUUUGCCACAACUGACAAGUUCAGGAUGCACUAUUCCGAAGACACUACUUGAACUUUUGGCAAACAGCGGUGUUCUAAAGGUUGGAGUAGGAUGCCGGGAAGACUCCUCUAAAUUGUUGAAUGACUAUGGCCUUUCUGUGAAAGGAUGUGUAGAUAUCAGAUACCUGGCAAUGAGACAUAGGAGAGAUAUUCUCCAGAACACUCUGAGCCUGAAGUCUCUCUCGGAAACUAUUUUAUCAUUUCCUUUGGACAAAUCUUUCCAGCUGAGAUGCAGUAACUGGGAUGCCGAGGAGUUCACUCAGAAUCAGGCAAAAGUCACAUCCAGCCAGCCAAAUAUGCAGAGCAGCAGUACAACAUGCUCAGAAUCACACUCCUCGUUUCAAUAUCCCAGUGCAAAGGUUUUGUAUGCUGCCAGGGAUGCUCAGGUAUCUGUUGCCCUUUUCCUGCACCUCCUUGGGUUCUUCUCAGCUGAUUUGCCCUGCCCAUGGGAAUCAUUGUUGGGAAAAUGCCAAGGACUAAUAGAUGUUCCCUUUAAAGGAAAAGGGAAUGGCUUUUCAAAUGGUGAAGUGAGUGGAUCCUCACGACAGAGGAAAGAGAGAGCUGGUGAUCAGUCAACACACAACUCUCAAGGCAGAGAUCCCCGCAAAAACAAAAAGAAGCCGCUGGGUGUAGGAUAUUCUGCAAGAAAGUCACCUUUGUAUGAUAACUGUUUCCUGCAUGCUCCUGAUGGACAACCACUGUGCACCUGUGAUAGGAAAAAAGCUCAGUGGUAUUUGGAUAAAGGAAUUGGAGACUUGGUCAGCACCAUUCCAUUCGUUGUGAAGCUGCGAUUUGAGCCGUCUGGCCGCCCAGAGUCCAAUGCUGAUUAUUAUUUAACUGUUAAGGAGAACCUCUGUGUCAUAUGUGGAAAAAAGGAGUCCUACAUAAGGAAGAACAUUGUCCCACACGAGUACCGACGUCACUUUCCUGUUCAAAUGAAGGAUCACAACUCUCACGAUGUGCUUCUCCUCUGCACUUCUUGCCACGCUGUGUCUAAUUACUAUGAUUCCAGCCUGAAACACAAGCUGGCAGAGGAGUUCAAUGCUCCUAUUGGCUGCGAAGAAGGUGUCCGCACGCUAGAGGAUCCUAUACGCCGCCAGGUACGCUCUGCAGCGAGAGCUCUUCUGAAUGCAGCAAAACUACCGGAGUGUCGCAAGGAGGAGCUAAUGAGUGAAAUCAGGGCAUUUUAUAACAUAGAGGACGUCACUGAAGACACUAUAAAAGAGGCUGCUGGUCUGGAAACCAGGAUUUUCAACGAGACCUAUACUCCACAUGGACUGAAGGUGGUGCAGGCGUUUGCCCUGGGUGGCCUGAGGUCUCUAAUGGAGCUGGAGAAGCGGUGGCGGCAGCAUUUUCUUGACACCAUGCAUCCCAAGCAUCUUCCCCCGCAGUGGUCUGUGGACCAUAACCACAACAAGCUUCUCAAAAAACAUGGUGAUGAUCUUGUUGUCCAGUUCUGAUAGCACUGCUGCUCUUUAUAAACUUGGACUGGUUAUUGGGCCGGGGCUAUUGAAUAUAUGAGUUUUACCAGUGCAGGACCUUUUAUUUAACCCUAUUAACAUGGGAUGAGUAUGAAUUGCCUUUUAAUUUUGCCUGUAAAUUCAAGUACCUGUAUUUAUACUGUUUUGGUUUCUGAUUGACUCCUCCUGUAAAACCAGAGAUUUUACUUUUGUGACGUCACUAUGGAAUUCUUCGUCUUGCUUUGUACAGGGGAGACAUCUUUAUACAAAUCUGAGCCUGUUGCCCAUACGCAGUAUAGGUGCCACACGAGGUACCAAUUCCUUGCCAUUCUUAUACAUAGAUUAAAUGACUGUCCUGUGAGAGUGAGUCCAUUAAACUGGAAAUCUGGAGCUCCUUAAAUAGCAUUUCUUGAUUUUUCUUGUUUAUCAUACUUGAUUAUUUUUAGUUGGAUUUCCUCCCAUGUGACCCAUUUUAUCAUUUAUUUAAUUGUCGUUUUGCGGAGAAAUCUCAUUUUUGACUUGGAGACUUGCCUCUCACUCUGUAGAAAUGCAUGAAAAAAAGCAAAAAAAAAAAUGGCAAAUUUAAUUGUAAUUUAUUUUGAAUAAAGAAGAAAGUUAUUUGUAA